AUGACCAACCAAAUCCGAUUCUUUGAACUCAACAAUGGAGCUAAAAUCCCUUCUGUUGGUUUGGGAACUUGGCAGGCUGAUCCUUGUGUUGUUGCUGAUGUUAUAACUCAUGCCAUCAAGGUUGGUUACCGCCAUAUUGAUUGUGCUCAAUUCUACGGCAACCAGAAAGAGAUUGGCUCAGCAUUAAAGAAGUUAUUUGAGGAGGGUGUAGUCAAACGAGAAGAUUUAUGGAUUACCUCUAAACUCUGGUGCACAGAUCAUGAUCCAGAAGAUGUACAAGAAGCAUUGGACAGAACUUUAAGCGACUUUCAGCUGGAUUAUAUAGAUUUAUACCUUAUUCACUGGCCAAUUAGAAUGAAGAAGGGAUCAGUGGGGUUGAAGCUUGAAAACAUUGUGCCAUCAGACAUACCUAGAACGUGGAAGGCAAUGGAAGCUCUCUAUGAUGCUGGCAAGGUUAGAGCUAUAGGUGUAAGCAAUUUCUCCUCUAAGAAGUUGGGAGAAUUGCUUGAGAUUGCUCGUGUUCCUCCUGCUGUCAACCAAUUAGAGUGUCAUCCUGCAUGGAGGCAGGACAAGUUAAAGGCUUUUUGCAAAUCUAAAGGUGUACACUUCUCUGGAUAUUCACCUUUGGGUUCCCCUGCCUGGCUUGAAAGUGAUGUCCUUAAGCAUCCAGUUAUAAAUAUGGUGGCAGAGAAAUUAGGAAAGACUCCUGCACAGGUAGCUCUUCGAUGGGGACUUCAAAUGGGGCAUAGUGUGCUACCCAAGAGUUCUAAUAAAGCAAGGAUAAAGGAAAAUUUUGAUGUUUUUGACUGGUCUAUUCCCGAGGACAUGCUUGCUAAAUUUUCUACUAUUAAACAGGUAAGAUUACUCAAAGGUAGCUUCUUAGUCGAAGAAACAACUGGGGCUAACAUAUCUGAGGAAGACUUAUGGGAUGGUGAUAUAUGA